CGCCGAUUGACGCGCGGCGAAUGAGGUGCGAGGAGUCAAAACAAUGGGUGAAUGGCAUGGCAAGAGUGUUUGCUCAGUUUGAUGAGUUUGUUGGGUUUGGGGAGAAUUUGAUCAUAUGAUUUUCUGUAGCUAACCUGACUAACUUGAGGGGAUUUGAGGCUUGAUUUUUGUAGUGAGGUUUCCAAAUCAGGUUAGCUGGAGGAUGUCGUGAGAUAACACCCAGAGUGAAGAGAGUAUUCUCAUGUUUCCACCUUUUUCCACCAAAUGAACAUCCACUUUUUUAGAGUUGUUGCUUGGAAGGUCAACAAGAUAGCUAUCAAAUAAGCGAGAAGCAGAAAGCUAAGCCUGACUGCUUCAACCAUGCUGGCUGAGUCCACCAGCCUCCGGCCUUUGCACCGUGCCGCACCGCAGCGUCCCCGGGGCUCUGUCGACCGGCGCCAACGGCACACCGCCAACAUCACACCGUGACCAUCAUGUUUUGCUGCUGCGUCGCCGAAGACGAUAGAGCCAGCCAGGUGGACAUGAAGCACACCCUGGCCAGCGACGAGGCAGCGCCCAAGAAAGAGGAGGGUGCGGCAGCGGGUGCGGCGCCGAGUGCGAAAGGUGCCGAAGGGGUGAAGGCUGCGGCAGCUGCGCCGGCCUUUGGGGCCUUCGAGGUGGUAGUGAAGACGAACAAGUCCAACCUGGGCAUUGAACUGGACAAGACCGCCUCAAAGGUGAAGGGUGGAGCGAUGGUCAAGGUCAUCAAGUCUGGUGCUGUGAAGCAGUUCAACGAGCUGAACCCCGAUCAGGCCAUUCAAGUCUACGAUGAGAUCACAUCCUUGGAUGAGGUCACAGGCACUAAGGAGAUCGAGAAGAAGAUGAGUUCCAAGCUGCCCGAAGAGGUGAAGAUGCAGUUGGAUCGCCCCCGCAAGAUACAGGUCACUCUGGAGAAGCCGGGGAUGUUGGGGAUGAAGCUGGACUUCGGCUCCAAGUCGACGGGUGUGGUUGUGGAAGAGUUGAUGUCCGAUGGGCUCAUGGCCAAGUGGAAUGUAGGGAAGAGCGAUGAAGAACAAGUGAAAGGAGGUGACAGGAUCAUCGAGUGCAACGGACAGGUCUAUGAAGGACCCAAACUCUUGGAUCAACUCAAGAAAUUGGACAAGAUGACGCUCACUGUCCUGAAGUACAACCAGAAGAGCUGAGUUGAGUUCUUUCUCGCCGCCUUCCGAAGCGGAAGGCACCUUCGUGUCCGGCCGAGCGGCGUUCUUGUGGCGACCAAUGAUGUUGG